AAGACAUAAGCAGUGUCUCAAGCAAGCAAUACCGGUAAGUAAUAAAUGGAUCCAUUCUCUCAUCUAUUGCUGCACUAGUUAGUUGUUUCUAGUUGAUCCUAUAGUUCAUCUAAUUCUUACUAGGUUUUCAUUUUUCGGUAUCAAAAAGUAGUAGAAAUGUCAGUUAAUUACCUGAUUAACGAAGGGCACGAUGAUGGAUGCUAUGAAGGCAACGCAAUGGAGUGGCUGGACUUGAGUCUUGGCAAGCACGGGGAUAUUGCUGCGUCGAAAAGUGGAUUACGAUCAAAUUAUGCCUCUAACAAGAUCUUCUCGUGCAACUUCUGCAGACGAAAGUUCUAUAGUUCGCAAGCACUUGGUGGCCACCAGAAUGCACACAAAAGGGAGAGGGGUCGAUGCCAGUCAGAAAGGAUGAUGCCAAUGGUUGGUUUGCCAAUGACACGAUCACUUGGUCUUCAGCCCCAUUCACUAGUGUGUCAACUGAACAAAAAACAGAGACAUUCAGUUGCACGAUUCAACAAUUCAAACAAAGAGAUUAUGAAGGCAUGGAUAGGAUCAAUUGACGGCAAAACAACAUCAAAGUGGAUAGAAAGUUAUCAUGUGGAUUUCCAACCAUAUAAACCACCACCAGAGUCGCUAAAAGUUGACUUGGAACUUCGACUUUAAUCUCUCUAUUCCUAUAUAGGAUCAAAUUAAAAGCACUUCUAAUGUACUAAUCUGCUUAUAAUGAUUGGCAAAUUGGCAGAAUCAUUUCAUACUUAGCACAGCACAGGCCAACUGAUUCUCAACCAGAAAUCACUACCUGAAAAAGAAAAUUUAGCAGUUAAUGGAACACGCGCACGAAGAAGCAUAAUUCAGGUCACAGAUCUUUCUACAACAGUUUCAUUCCAGCCACAUCGCAUUGCAGAUUACCAUGUAGCAAAAACAAGAUAGCCUCUUUGUUCUUUGUACAAAUGAAGAGUUGAUAUUACAGUAUAAACAUCCAUGAAAAAUCAGAGAGCUUGAACACCA